UGACGUCACGCCGGCAUUGCUUCCCCGCGUCGCGUGCUCGGCGCGUCCGUCGUUACGGUGCCUCUCGCGGCCGCCGCCUCCAACCUCCUUCGCAAGGCGCCACCGCUCCCGCCAAAGGCGGCAAACUCACCCCGGUUUCAAGAGCGAAGGGGGAGAAAAAAAAAACCCUCCGCCUGACGUCCGCAACUGUCCAGCAUGGAGUCGUCGCUGCCCACGGAGCUGCCUGGAGCCGGAGUCGACUUCGUGCCGCGUGCGACUCCGCUGAGGUCGGCCGAGCUGCUGGGCCUCGGCGCGUCCUCACUGCUGUGCCCCGAGACGGAGAUGCAGAAGAUGCUGAUGGACGAGCGCAUGCGCUGCGAGCACCACAAGACCAACUACCGGACGCUCAAGGAGGAGCACACGAGGCUCCAGGAUGAGAGCCUGCGGACUCAGGCUGAGCUCAAGCGAGUUGUGACCGACAAGCAGAGCUUGCAGGAGCGCUUCCAGCUCAUGGUCACCGAGUUGCGCGGGGAGCUUUUGGACAAGACCCGGGAGAUAGAGGAGCUGCGCAGCCAGGUGCCGACCCCACAGAGGCUGGAGCUGCUAAAAGCUCAGAUACAGCAGGAGCUGGAGUUGCCCAUGAGAGAAAGACUUCGUCGGCAGGAGGAGGAGGCCGAGCGCUACCGCGGCGAGUUUAACAAGCUUCGCUACGAGCAGACUGUGCUCAAGUCGGAGUUCGAGCACCAACGGGCUGAGCACGGCCGAGUGCUCGAGGAAAUGCUGCUCAAACACCAAGCACAGCUUUCAGAGCUGGAGAAUGAGAAGGCGACUCUGCAGUCGCGUCUGUCGGGCGGGGAGGCGGCAGCGGAGGCCCGUCGUGCCGAGGCGCUCCUGCGGGAGCGGGCGCAGCUGUUGCAACGCGUGCGGGGGCUGCAGACGGAGCUGGAAGAGCUGCAGGCGCAGCGCGGCAACUCGGGCCUGCAGGCCGACAACGUGCAGCGCAUGCAGUCGCGGCAGAUUGCGGAGUCCCAGGCCAACGUGCGCGCACUCGAGGCUGAGGGGCAGUCUCUCAAGCUUCAGGUGGAGCGGCUGGAGGAGGAGCUGCGCCUCUCCCAGGAGCAGUGCCUGCAGCUGUCGAAGAAACAGAACCGUGCCGAGCGGGAAGCCUCCUCCCUCAACAACAAGCUGGAAGAGAUGAAGCACGCGCACAAGUUGGAGAUGACGAACCUGCGAGUGGAUGCCGGACGAGCGCGCGCCGAGCUUGAGCGGGAGCGCGACGGCGCUCGGGGGCAGCUGGACCUUGCCCAGGGUGACUUGGAGGCGGCGCGAGAGGGCCUGGAGCGGCAGGCUGCGGCACUGGCCGAGAAGGAGCAGGAGAUGAUGCGGCGGGUACAGGCGGCGCGCAGCGAGGGCUUCCAGAAACUCUCUGUGGCGCAGGAGCAAGUGGUGGAGACGGAGGCACAGGUGGCGGAGCUGGAGCGCGUGGCGGUGGAACGCGAAGCAUCGUGGCAGUCGGAGCGCGAGCUCCUGGAGGAGACGGCGCGGGUGGCGCGCACCGCCGAGGAGGGGCUGCGACGGGAUGGCGCCACGCUCAAGGCCAAGGUACAACAGCUGACGGCCAAGCUGGAGGCGAUGCAAAAGGAACAGCAGCAAACUGCAGAUUUGCAGCAGGAAGUGGAGGGUCUGCGUACGCGCGUCUCUCAGCUCGCCGUGUCCGAGCGCGAGCUGCAGGCGAGUGGCGCCCGUCUGCGCGAGGUGGCCGAGCGGCACCGCGAGGAUGCUCGGCGGGCCCAGGACGAGGCGGAGAGGGUGCAGGGUCAGGCGCAGAGGUCCUUGGAAGAGGAGCGGCUGGAUUGGCUCCAGGAGAAACACAAGCUCGAUGCCAAGCUGUGUCGUGCAAAGGAGAAGCUGAAUCGUAUUGUGUUGGCGCACAAAAAGAGAAAGCAGCUGGCCGAGAAGCAGCAGAAGGUGGUGGUGGACGAACUGCGGCUUCUGGAGGCGACAAAGGAGCAGCUGGAGGCGGAGAGGAAUGCCAUCAAGUCAGGAGCUCCCUUUGAUGAGCACCGCCGGCUCCGGCUUAAGUUCAGGGACCUGCAGCGUCGGCACGAAGAGUUCCGGAGAAUCCUGGUGCCCAGCGCCUCCCUCCCCCUGCCUGGGACGUCAGCGGUUGGUGCUGGAGUUGGGCUCUCCUGGUUGCCUCCCCACAGCACCUUCAUCGACCUGCAGGAGGAUCAGCACCAGAGGGAGUUGGUGCUGCUCAAACGGAGAGUGGAGGACAUGGAGCAGACCCAGCGUCUGCAGCUCGAGGAGUUGGUGUCAGCAGCUGGGCCCCACUCAUAAUGUCCUCUCCGUCACCAAGCCCUGCAGCCUUUGGCAUAGCCUCACUGUGGACCCUCAUGGCCACUGGCAGAACCAGCUGUCACCUUGGCUGCAGCAGCAGUGCCUUGUGUGGGGAGGAACGUUUGGUAGAUAUUUAAAAGCUGUAUCAGUACCAAUGGCAGUGUAGGCUGUGGCAAAUGGGUUGUCUCUGUGCAACUAUUUUCAUGUCCGAAUCCGUGUGAUGAAAUGUAGUGUGAUUUUUUUUUCAAGAAAAUGGGCACGUGAUAGUCUAGCAUGCUGCACUUAUCAUGCCAAGGUAACUUGAUUUCACUGGGUCAAAGUAGUGUUGGAACUUUGGGUACCAUUGUGAUACAAAAUUUCUUCCAAUAAAAAUGGGUAUGCUAUAGAAAAACCCAUGGGCAGGCCACUUUUGGUGGAGGUAACAUAUGGGGAGCACUCCGUGUCUCUCAAGUCAUCACAUUGGGAUGCAUACCCCCAUGGGGGCCCGUGUCUACAAUAACAAUCAGACUGCACUGGGGAGGGGGAUAGCCAAGAUCCUGGAACCCAAGCAGGGUUGAGCCCCCCAAUUAGUGCUUGGGAUGUGAGACCCACCUGGGCAACGUUUAAGCAGUUCUUAGAAUAAUGUCAGAAUCAGUCCCAAGAGCCAUAGUGGGUUGCAGUUAAAGGAAGACUGCACCCAAAACAGCUCUUCUCAUAGCUACAGUCCUAGGCAGUCUCGACUUGUCAUGAGUUUAUACUUUCGUUUGGGCUGUGGACAUGGCCAGGAGAUGACAGUACCCAACCGAAUUCUAGAAUCCAUCUAUGCUGGGCUUGUUAGUGUUAUCCCCCUGGUUAUGGGUGGUGGGUUUUACUGCAGGCACUCAUUGUUCUCCCUACGAGGCCAACCGCUCAAUAAUGCAAUUGGCUGAGCUGCCCUCAUACUCUUUGGUUGUUUCGGUAAAGUCACGUAGAUAGGAAAAAUAAUAGAUCAUGACCUUUCGAUCGCAACAAGCAAUUGUCAUCAGGUGGGACAACCACAGCAAGAAAACAGAACCACAGCAAGAAAAAGACAACCACAGCAAGAAAACAGACAACCACAGCAAGAAAACAGACAACCACAGCAAGAAAACAGACAACCACAGCAAGAAAACAGACAACCACAGCAAGAAAACAGACAACCACAGCAAGAAAACAGAACCACAGCAAGAAAACAGACAACCACAGCAAUAAAACAGAACCACAGCAAUUAAACAGAACCACAGCAAGAAAACAGAACCACAGCAAUGAAACUGCUGUGGUUGUCUCACCUGAUGACGAUUGCUUGCGUUGCGAUCGAAACGUCGUGAUUUGUUAUUUUUUCUCCCUACGUGACUUUACCGAAAGAACCAAAGAGUAUGGAUUCCUGCAGUCACGAAAGCUUCAAAUCAAGAUUGAGCUUGCCCUCAUUUAAGACAUUCCUGAAGACUGAAACUUCCCUGGACAAAUUCAUUUGUUAAACCUUUGUAGACUUCACUUAUAUCUGGCUUGAGGCUUGUUGUACCUAGAUAAGAAAUUCAAGAUAAAGGUUAAGCACCGCACAAACCGUUCCAUCAAGGCUGAGGUAUGUUCAAUUUCAAGGCCCGAUUGUCAAGUUAUUUGUUGUGAAGCAGAAAUUAACUUUUACAACUGGCUGUUGGUGAAUUUGUUGGAAAUCGUGAUCCAGUUAAUAUUUUUCGUUGAGUCUUGCAAGUCUAAAGCACAUCAAUUGUGCCAGAGAAGCCACAAUGGAACCUAUUACAAACGGAACAGUACGCUUACAAAAGCCACAAACCUUUUUUUAAACACUUUAUUUUGUAAAUUAAAUCUUAAGAUGUUCUACAAAUCAUAACUUCAGUUAAGUGUAUGGGCAUACAAAUGCUACGUUUUUUAUUAUACAUUUGUACAUACAAUAAAGAAUUUUAUAUUAUAAGACAUUUCUCAAACGUUUAUGGAUAGUCUUAUUAUUUAAAAUAUACCGUUCCAAAAAGUGAGUUCUUGCUAUUUUUUUUACACAACACAAUUUGAGUGAGCCCGCUUACACACUCGCAGACCAAUGAAAGUUGUAACCACCUACAAUAUGCUUUUAUUGUUUGUAGGGAUAUUGGAAUGGGAACUCACUCGAGCAGUGUGAAUAUGGAUAAGCAGGGUAAAUCUGGCCUGCAGCAAAAUCAGUAAAUAGCCCUGGGCUCACCAAUUUGAUCACGACCUUUUACAAAUUAUUGGUAGCUCAUCAGAAGACAGAAUAUUUAAACUAUGAAAAACUAAGCAACCCACUACAAGUCAUGUAAUGAUGCAUCGAUUAAAUUUAUUCUUAGGACAUUCACUCGUUUGUAUAAGAAUUGAUUAAAGAUUCGUGCAAAUUA